CCAUGGCAGGAGCCGUCCAAUGGGGAUGAAGAUGGCUGUGUGAGUGGCAGCACGGGAGGGAUAGAGAGUGCUGGAGCAGAAAUGAAGUUGUACUAAGUAGAGCGCUAAGACAGGAAGAAGUUAAUGGGCUACCUGAGCUGACAAUUAAGGAGCGAGUUGAUGAGAGGAGCCUGCACGGGACCUGCUCUCCACAGGACACACACCGAUGAAGGUGACACUGUGGUGUGGGGCCCUCUCCAUUGACAUCCUGGCUCCUGUCCUGGAAUGACACCGGUGGCUUUGUAGGACAAAAGGAGAACCGUCACCCCAACUUGUGGAACCCUGGAUUUAAAGUCCCUGAGGAUACCCCAUAGCUGUCCUUGUUCCUUCCUUUCCAGCACCCAGCUCAGGUAUUGACCAGCCUCCUUCCCCCUUCUUCUAUGAUCUCCAGCUGGAAGAACUCUGCUCCUUUUUGAUGAUUCUCUGGAGUUCGGUAUCUAAUACAUUUAGGAAAGGAUUACUUCUCCACCAUGAAAGAGAAAUCUAAAAACGCUGCCCGGACUAGGCGGGAGAAAGAAAACAGUGAGUUUUAUGAACUGGCUAAACUGCUGCCCCUGCCCUCUGCCAUCACCUCCCAGCUGGACAAGGCAUCCAUAAUCCGACUGACAACCAGCUAUUUAAAAAUGAGAGUGGUGUUCCCUGAAGGACUUGGAGAAGCCUGGGGCCAUGCUAGCAGACCAAGCACGUUGGAUAAUGUUGGUCGAGAGUUGGGAUCUCAUCUUUUACAGACCUUAGAUGGUUUCAUCUUUGUGGUGGCUCCUGAUGGGAAAAUCAUGUAUAUCUCUGAAACUGCUUCAGUCCACCUGGGCUUAUCACAGGUAGAAUUGACUGGAAAUAGCAUCUUUGAAUACAUCCAUCCUGCUGAUCAUGAUGAAAUGACUGCAGUGCUUACAGCUCAUCAGCCCUACCAUUCACAUUUUGUCCAGGAAUAUGAGAUUGAGCGUUCAUUUUUCCUGCGGAUGAAGUGUGUGCUGGCAAAGAGGAAUGCAGGUCUUACAUGUGGAGGGUAUAAGGUUAUUCAUUGUAGUGGAUACUUGAAGAUCAGACAGUAUAGUCUGGACAUGUCACCGUUUGAUGGCUGCUACCAGAAUGUAGGCUUGGUGGCUGUGGGUCAUUCACUCCCUCCUAGUGCAGUAACUGAAAUCAAGCUUCACAGUAAUAUGUUCAUGUUCAGAGCCAGUCUUGAUAUGAAGCUGAUAUUUCUGGACUCCAGAGUUGCAGAGCUAACUGGAUAUGAACCUCAAGAUUUGAUUGAAAAGACCUUAUAUCAUCAUGUACAUGGAUGUGAUACAUUUCAUCUGAGGUGUGCACAUCAUUUAUUGCUUGUGAAAGGACAAGUUACUACAAAGUACUAUCGGUUCCUGGCUAAACAAGGAGGAUGGGUGUGGGUACAGAGCUACGCUACAAUUGUGCACAAUAGCAGAUCGUCCAGACCACAUUGCAUCGUCAGUGUGAAUUAUGUUCUCACAGAUACUGAAUAUAAAGGUCUUCAACUGUCGUUGGAUCAAGUUACAACAAAACCAUCGUAUUCUUAUGCAAAUCCAAAUCCAGCCAUAAAUGACAGCAGGAAGAGCAGUAAGUCACGUCUUCCUAGUGCCAAGUCUAAAUCCAGGACAUCACCAUACCCACAGUAUUCAAGCUUCCAUACAGAAAGAUCUGAGUCGGACCACGACAGUCAAUGGGGUGGAAGCCCUCUAACUGACACUGCUUCACCACAGCUUUUAGAUCCUAUAGAAAGACCAAGCUCCCAACAACAUGAUGUCUCUUGUGCAUAUCGACAGUAUCCAGACCGAGACCGAAGUGCUCUAUGUUUUGGAUUUACUCUUGACCAUUCAAGAUUAAGUGAUGAUAGACACAACCAUAGCCAGUCCUGUGAGAGUGGCAGAUGUGAAGCUGGUAGAUACUUUCUUGGAAGCCCACAAACUGGGAGAGAGGCAUGGUGGGGAUCCCGUUCUGCUCUGCCAGUGCCAAAAUCCUCUCCAGAAAGUAGAGAUGGAUACGAGAACUCUAUGCCUCAUAUAACUUCAGUUCACAGGUUACACGGGAGAAAUAAUUGGGAUGAAGACAGUGUGGUCAGUUCUCCUGAUCCUGGUUCUGCAAGUGAGUCAGGAGACCGGUACCAUAAUGAGCAAUAUCAGAAUAGCCACCAUGAGCCAAGCAAAAUUGAAACACUUAUUCGAGCAACGCAGCAAAUGAUUAAAGAAGAAGAAAACAGGUUACAGCUACGUAAAUCUAGCCCAGAUCAGCUAACUACUAUUAAUGGAGCAGGGAAAAGAAACUCAGUUUGCUUUGCUAAUUACCAGCAACCUCAAUUAUCUGGAGUUUUGUGUCGAGGUCCAUCUGUUGCCAGUACUUCUCCAUGUGACCAUCUACAACAAAGAGAUGCCAAAAUACUGAGCCCAGGUGAUAAUGAAUAUGAGAACAGUCCUACAACCAUUUCCAGAAUAAACAGUCCAAAUUCAGAAAGAAUUUCAAAACCAGGAGCAAAUAUGGGGAAAGACUAUUUAAAUACAAAUGUGUCCCCUCAUCAAACGGUGGACCACUCUGUAUCACCAAACUACUAUAGUGCCCAUCGACCAUAUUUUGAUAAACAUUCUUAUACUUUUACUGGUUAUACACUUGAACAUUUAUAUGAUACUGAAUCUAUUAGAAACUAUUCAUUGGGAUGCAGUGGAUCACACUUUGAUGUGACUUCUCAUUUAAGAAUGCAACAAGAUCCUUCUCAAGUGCACAAAGGUACAUCAGUUAUUAUAACAAAUGGAAGUUGAUGGAAUUGUUUGCUAUGGUCCAUGUAUUAUAAUCUUUUGCAAUGGAAUUAAAUUAACGUAAUUGUUACCACCAUUUCAUGAUAUUCAGUGCGCUGGACGUGACAAUAGGAUGGAUUCGAUUUGCAAUUUAUAUUUAGAACUCCAACUGUUCAACUUUGAACUAAUGUAAAUCAGUGGAAGAUCAAUGAUACUAUUUGUGCAUUCUUAAAAAAAUAUAGGAAUUUUAACGUAGCUAAAAUACAAUGAGUGUUUGCUAAAUAUAAUUGCAUGUACAUAAACACCAGUUUUGGAAUAAAAAAAAAAGCUAAAACUAUGCACAGAGGACUUGAAGCAGAAUUGAAUGUCUAACUUUAUGUAUCCACAUGGACAAAUGCACAUAUAUUCUUUGUAUGUUUAAAAUAUGAAAAAAACAAAACAAAAUGAAGUGUUACUUUUUAGCAUCAUAUUAAUUUUGCUUGAUAUACAUUACAUUUUUUGUCUUCUAAUUACAAAAAGGGCAUAUUUUACUGAAAGGGGUUUGAGGAUAAAUAUUAUUUAUAUAUCUGAUACAAAUGCCAUACCCACUUUUAUACAUUCCCAUACCUAACAUUUUCAUUGAUUUCAUCAGUCAUGUUCAUGCCACAUAAUCAAUCUUUGGGUCAAAUUAUGAUUUCACAAUUUCAGGCAGUAUGCAAACAUCAUGACAACUAAUUAAUUAUUUUAUUUCUCUAUCUACCACAGAUUUAAAACAUUUUAAAGAGUAUCUUUUAUUUUCCCCUCCAAAAAAAAUUAUAAUAUGCAAAAUUCUGUACUUCGUAAUAAUGUAACACUUUGGAAUUGGAAUUUCAGAAUAUGUUUACCAUAGCCUCCCAAAGUCUGUUUUUUUUUAUUAUAUUCUCAUAAAAUUGUGUUGUCUGGAAAGUAAACAUGUCCCUCUAUUUUGAUUUAAAACAUUUUAACAACAAAAUUUCCUGAUAAAAUUUAGUUACGCUACAGUAAUUUGUUAGAAUUGGUAAAACAUUCUACAUAAUUAUUUUAAUUGUUAGCAUGUUUAUAAAUUUUGCGUUUUGGUUCAGAUUAGUUUUGUGAAAAAUAAGCAUUGCUUUAUUUAUUUUUCACGUGUCAAAAUAAAAUGACGACCAAGUUUUAAAAUGGUACAACAAACAAUAAUUAUUUGCAAAAAUGUUAAUAAAUAAACCCACUUUAUGAUUAAUAAUGACAGUAGUAAUAUUGAAAUAAAUUAACUUUAAUUAAUUUUUUUCAAAGUAAUUUGUAGGCACUUUUCAUAUUAAACUACACUUUAUACCAAUAUUUAAACUUCAAAUUCACAAUUUAUUUGCAUGGUGCUCAGACAUAGAAUGCUAAUGAUAUUUUAAAUAACAAGAGGGAUAAAAUGAAAGGAAUGCUUUAAUAUCCAAAUUACCUUCUUACAUGGAUAAAUCCCCUUUCCAAAUGGCAAAUACUAUGCCUAUCUAUAAUGUAAUUAGAGUUUUUUAUUCAAGGCUAUUAUCACUCCUUAACUCCAUAAGAUGUAUAGCAUGUCCAGUACUCUACAAAGAGAAAACAAUAUACUAAAGCCUCAUACACAUGAUCAGAUUAUCGUACAAAAAAUACAGCUUACAAUGCGAUCUUACGAUAAUCUGUAGUACACACAGCUUUUGUCUGAAAUUUUCCAAAGGGACAAACACUAUUUUUUUUCUCAUAUGAUACCAGAUGGUACAAUUGUUGUUUAAUCAGUACAGUUUUCAUUUGAAAAUACAAUACAAAUACAUUAUAUCACUUCUGAAUUUGUAUUCUGUUUAUACUUUAGUAACCUAUUCAUUUUCAAUAUGGAGACUAGUGUGAAAAAAACAAAAAAAAAUAACAAACAAUCAUUUGUCCGAUAAUCUCAUCAUGUGUACUAGGCUUUAGGCAUUUUAAAAGGAGCCCUGGUAUAUUGUAUCAGCAAGCUAAAGUAUUAAUUAUAGUCAGACAUUGAAAAUUAAAAUACCUACUUGGCUACUUACCUAUCUGCCUCUGUAAAAGCUGCAAAUACAGUUUAAAAAAAAAAAGGUUUUGUAGAGUAAUGUCAAAAUGCAUGUUAACGGAAUACAGAUAACAUGUUGAUCUCUUUCUAUACAAAUAUAAUUUUGUAUGAAGUGUUCUGCUGUCUAUGGCACCAUACUGACAGCAUACUAUGUUGAUAUUCAUAUUUUGUUCUCUGAACAUGACCAUUUCUUCUCUACAAGCUAUGACAAGUAUACUACCUAUUAUGCCAGAGGAUGAGCAAUAAAAAUGUCAUAGCAACAUUUAGUUAAUGUAAAUGUAACGCUUAUAAUAAGAGUCAUUAAAAAAAUGCACCCUGGUUAUUGUAAAUACUCUGAUGUCCAAAAAUAUUGAUUGUCAUUUUUUUCAAUUGGGUGUUAUGGAUUUUAAAUAUGGGUUUCCACAGUGUAGAGCUAAUGUUUAAUGGACACCUUUUCAAUGAUUUGGGGGAGAAGAGAUAUAUUUAUCUAUGUGCUUCCAUUGCUACAAUCUGCUGUUACUUGAAAGUCUCUUGCCUAAAUCUUCUGCUUCCAGUUCUUUUAGCUUAUAGAGAACUACAAAUAAUUACAUAUGGAAGCCAUUGGAACGGCAGAUGCAAUGUGGCUUAAAGUAAUAUAAGUACUUGUAUCACUUCACCCCCUCCCGAAAGUGAAAAAAAAAAUCUUUCAGUUUUUCUUUUUACAUUUUUUUUGUGGGAAAACACGUGUCAACUAUACAAGUUAAAUAAGUGAAAGUAUAACAGGACUGUUGCCAACUUUAAAAAAUGACCCAGUAAGCAGUGUGCAGCACUUUAGAAAAUCAAAUGUGUGUUUACAGUGGGAUUAAACAAUGUCAGAUAUCAGAUAAAGAAAAUAUCCAAGAGCAGGCAAUGUUUGCUUUUAUGACUGGUGUCUUAAAUUGCAUUGAAAUAUUUAUGAAGUCACACUCAGCCUCAAAUACUGACAUGCCUUGCAAUGUAUAUUUCUAGUGACAUUGUACAAUAUUUUCUGUAACUUGAAGUUUCAUUUUGGAAUGUAAUGUAGGAAAUAACUAAACUAUGUCAAUGAUAUUGCAAAGUGCUCCCAUUUAUAAUUAUUUAUAUUUGUAAAUAGCUUUCUGAUGUCAAUUUCAAGUUCAUUGUGAAUAAUAUGUAUUUAUUAUGUGAAGAUUUUUUCUUUUGCUUUGAAAUACAGUUAAAAUCUUAUUUAGA